UAAAGGCGUUGCUACUCGCUCGGUGUCGGUCUGAAAGAUGCGUCGCACCCCGGCAGCAUCAGUACCACCACCGCCGUGCUAAUUUCCGGAAAGCGAGCCGGACCAGAGAAGAAACCGGCGAAGCUCAUUUGCGGCUUGACGAGGGCUGUUGUCCCGGGACGCCGAGAUGGGAGACCAAAAGGAGUCUCUGCGGAAAAUCACCCACACGCUGGCCACCAAGAAUGAUGAGAUCUCAAAUUUCGCCUGCACUCUCAAACAGAGCCUGGACAACUUGGAGGCCAAUUCCCACCGAGUGCAGGAGGAUCUGGAGUCCGAGUUCAACUCCCUCCACUCGGUUCUGGAUGAGAUGAAGGAGAACAUGUUGACGCGGAUUAAACAGGAACGAGCCAGCCGUACGUACGAGCUGCAGAAUCAGCUAAGCGCCUGCUCCAAAGCGCUGGAGAGUUCAGAGGAGCUACUGGAGCUGGCCAAUCAAACGCUUUGCUCGUCCAGAACGGACGGUUUCACGCAGGCGGCCAAAGACAUUAAGGAUAGCGUGACCAUGGCUCCGGCCUUCCGCCUCUCCCUGAAGGCCAAGGCUAGCGACAACAUGAGCCACUUGAUGGUGGACUUCAGCCAGGAGAAAGCCCUGCUGCAAGGCCUCAAAUUUCUUCCAGUUCCGGCCACGCCAGAGAUCCAGCUGUCGGAGUGCCAGGUGUGCGACAACACAGUGACCGUCGUGUGGACUUUAGCCGAGCCCGACAGCAAAAUAGACCACUACAUCCUGGAGCAUCGGCGUACCAACCAUGAGGGUCUGCCACGCAUCAGAGAGGACUAUCCCUGGAUGGUUGUGGAGGGCAUACGGGAGAUGGAACACACACUCACAGGUCUGCGCUUUGACACCCGUUUCAUGACGUUCAGGGUGAGGGCGUGUAACAAAGCCGUGGCGGGAGAUUUCUCCGAGCCCGUUACACUGGAAACCCACGCGUUCACUUUCAAACUGGACUCGGCCUCGGCGCACCAGAACCUGAAGAUUGAGGACCUUAAUGUGGAGUGGGAUGGCAGCGCUGGAAAGAUCCAGGACAUUCGCAAAGAGAAGACACGAACAAACUCGCCCAUGCAGUCUCCAGCCAGGUCGUCGCUGAUGUCGCCAAAAAGAGCCCCGACAUCCCGACCCAGCAGAGACCGCUUCACGGCAGAGUCCUACACAGUGCUGGCCGACACAGCCAUCGAUGCUGGCCAGCAGUACUGGGAGGUCCGCUUCGACAAGGAGAGUAAGGCCUUUGCCGUGGGCGUGGCCCUGCGCAGCCUGGGUCGCUUCGACCAGCUGGGGAAGAGCAGCGCUUCCUGGUGCAUUCAUCUGAACAACUGGCUCCAGCAGAGUCUCACCGCCAAGCACAACAACAAGGCCCGGACGCUGGAUUGCCCCAUCCCGAGCAGUAUAGGAGUCUACUGUAACUACGACGAAGGUGUGCUGUCCUUCUUCAACGCCAAAACCAAGCAGCUGAUACACACCUUCCGCACCAAGUUCCAGCAGCCGCUCAUCCCGGCGUUCAUGGUGUGGAACGGAAGCUUCUCAGUGGUGACGGGCCUUCAGGUCCCUAGCGCGGUGCAGAGCGGUCAGAGGAAGAACAGUGGCACCAGCAGCUCCAACGCCAGCCUCACCUAGACGCCCUCCUCAUUGGCCCAGCCCCCCAUCAAACCCCCCUUUCGCUUCCCUUCAGUCGCUGGCGGUGUUAUUCGGCCAUCCCUUGGCCCGUCACGGCCGAAAAGCAUGCCGCACGGGCGCUUUCUUGGCUCUUCUCGCCGGCCCAACUCCGUCCCAUGACUUAGCGCUGGCCGCUGCUCUUCUUGAAGCCCUAUGUUGCUCUCUCCCUGUGCCUUUCUUCUCAUUUCCACAUCACCACUGCGAGAGAGACGUCCUUCCCAUUUCACAUUGUCACUGUCUCCUGUGUUAACAUCUAGCUUAGUGUUACUUGUGCGCAAGCCUAUUUAAUCCAAAUUAAAACCCGCUCGUUGCUAGCGAAUAGAACCUAACGCUGAUAUCUUCCUCUUUACAUAACUCCUUUUGACUUGUACUACUUAGGCUCUUUUUGCAGCUUGGCGCAUUUUUAUCCGAGAAACAAUCUUAGCUCGGGUAGCCUAUUCAAACAUUCUUUAAUGUUGAGUAUAAAGCCCCUUUUACAUCGAGAUCCUGCAAAAUGUCUUCCCGGUUCUUCAUCCUUUUGCAUGAAACCCAACUCUGAAAAACGCAAGUCACUGUUCUCAUUAAUUUUUUUUUAAAUAUUAGUAUCAGGAUCCACUGCUGCAAGACUUGAUCACCGGAACAACAAAGUCACUCAGUACUUCUCGGUAGUUCCUCGCAGAGCCUGCUAAACGGGUCAAAGCAUAACACCCAGCGAUAUCUCAAAUGUUGUCAACAACACUCCCUGCUUCUUAUUUGUUUUUCCGCUGUAGUGUCCACACAGAAACCUUUCACACUGAGGCCCUAAAAAAUGACCACGGUGAAGCUAUAGCUGAAAACUUGGCAUUUAUCCACCUUUGACCUUUGACAUCUGUCAUCAAAAACAGUCAAUGUCAUUAAUCCAUUUUGGAGCAAUCUAAGACAAAUAGAUACUUAUACUGUUCAUUGAGGUGUCUCUCAGCUCGUCAGUACUGCACUAAUAUUAGCCAUUCUACGUGAAGGAUAAAGAAUAUAUGACUCUGUAUUGAUAUAUUGUCUGUCUACAUUGUUAAUGUCCGGUCCAUCGCUAAAGGGGUUAUGUCACCAUAUCACGUUUGCUUUUUUUUUUUUUUUAGUGUUAGCAUUUAGCUAGCAGACUGAAAAGUUACACUGGGUAGUUGUUUUAAAUACACAAAGUGCAAUUCUUCAUGUUUUAUGUUUGGUUUGACGGAAAACCUCAACUGGCGGAGUCGCAGAUCGAGUCGUUUGUAUCUCAAGGCGUCACAGUACUUAAAGUGAAAAAGUGAAAUCAUCACCCGAUUCCAUGUACAUACUGUU